AUGACCUUGCGCAGCCCGGCUGGCCCAGGAGCGGUGAGCGGACCCGGAGAGCCCGGGGGUGAAAUGGGGACCGAAGAGAAGGAAAAUCACUCUUCUGAGCCACAAAGAAGGAUAUUGAAAACUCCUCUGAAACAGUCAGCUACCUCAUAUUCAGUAUUAACGGAAAUCCAGCCUGAUUCUGGACCUCUGACAACACCCCCUAAGUCUCAGGAAGUUCCUCCUGGAGAUCCAUGGACACCCACUGCUAACCUUAAAAUACUGAUCAGCGCGGCUAGUCCUGAGAUUAGAAACAGAGAACAAAAAAAGGGAUUUUUCGACAGAAGUGAAAUCGUAGAGGCAAAACACUGUUUACAUGAGCAUUUAUCAGGAGAUGAAUAUGAGAAAUCUCAACCAAGCCGUAAAGAGAAAAGUCUAGGAUUAUUGUGUCACAAAUUUUUAGCUCGAUAUCCUAAUUACCCUAGCACUGCAGAGAAUAGUGAUAUUUGCCUUGAUGAAGUAGCAGAAGAGCUUAAUGUUGAACGUAGACGCAUAUAUGAUAUUGUGAAUGUGCUAGAGAGCCUGCAUAUGGUGAGCCGCCUUGCCAAAAAUAGAUACGCUUGGUACGGGCGUCAUAAUCUCAACAGAACACUGCAGACUUUGAAAAAAGUUGGCGAAGAGAACAAAUACACACAACAAAUUGAGAUGAUCAAGAAGAGAGAGUAUGAGUUUGAGUUAGAUGGUGACAGAAAUGAAGAGAUGGCGACAAAACCUGUUGGCCCAAAUGAGCAUUCAGAAAUGUGUUUUGUUGAACUCCCAGGGAUGGAAUUUCGAGCAGCUUCAGUAAACAGCAGGAAAGACAAGUCUUUACGAGUGAUGAGUCAGAAAUUUGUGAUGCUGUUUCUUGUAUCAACUCCUCAAAUAGUGAGCCUUGAAGUUGCUGCUAAAAUUUUGAUUGGAGAGGACCAUGUAGAAGAUUUAGAUAAAAGCAAGUUUAAAACCAAAAUUAGGAGAUUGUAUGACAUAGCUAAUGUUCUCAGUAGUCUUGAGCUUAUCAAGAAGGUUCAUGUUACAGAGGAGAGAGGCAGAAAGCCGGCAUUCAAAUGGACAGGACCAGAGGUUUUACCAGUCAUUCAGGAUACAAAACCUGUAACUACUACCACUUCCUUGAUUCCAUCUAAUUCUGCAAAAUCUAAAUAUCCCAAAGAGCAGUGUUCAAAAAAUCUCUUCCCUUCAAGAGGCAAGCAAAGCUUCACUCGGCAUCCAUCUCUAAUAAAGCUAGUAAAGACUAUAGAAAGUGACCGGAGGAAGAUCCAUUCUGCCCCAAGCAGCCCCAGCAAGACAAGCACAACAGAUAAUGAUGAAAAUUCGUCAUCCUUGCCAAGUAAAAUGGCCCAGCUUGCAGCAAUUUGUAAACAGCAGUUAGAAGGACAAUCAAGAGAAUUAAAGAUGAAAUUGACAAGAUCUACCUUAGAAUGUAAAUUGACCUCUAGUGAUGAAUCUCUUCUGAAAUGUGAACCUAAUACUACAUCAUCCUGUCAAACUCCAUCUCUUGUUCAGCCACUGGGGGUCCUGCCUCUUAUCCACAAUUCAGUUUCUCCAGUAAUGCUACCUCAAACCCAUUCUGCUAUUUCAUAUGCAAUAUAUUUGCAUCCUUCCCAAGCCCAGACUGUGACCACGUUACAGUCUGUGCCCUGUCCCAAUGUGACUGGAACUAAAAGUGUUUUCAAUGCUAAUUCACAAAUACCAUUUAAUCAAAUGACCACUGAAGAGAGAGACAGUAAUACAGGUGAAGGUGAUGCUGGGAACUUGGUGGCUAAAGAGAGACAAGUUACAAAAAUUGAGUUUACACCAGAGAGGUGCCUUAAAAGAUCUCAAGCAUUACAGGAGAACAGUUCAAUUAAAAAAUGUAGAAGUGAUGAGAAAAGUCUUGAAGAUGUUUAUACAGGAGAUUCUCUUAAGGGUGAAAGACCAUCUUCUAGAGCUGUGCACUUAGAGCCUGAAAUCAGUCAUUUCCAAGAGGGAAGCCAGAACAAAUCUGAGAAACUAGAUCAAAAUAUGGAAUUUUGCUUUGAUCAUGAAAGGAGAGAAGGUCUUUCAGAAGAUAAAAGCAGAGCCAGUACUACACAAGAGAUGCCUGUUGCAUUUGCUGUUCCUGCUCAUGAGACCUUGUUUCCUUCAGGGUAUAUUAUUCCUCUUGCUCAGUGCAUGCAACAUGGCAACGAGGCCAUAUUUUCUAACAAGGAGAAGUCUGGGAUAUGUUCGCUACCACACAUGACCUACAGUUCACCCAUUGCAGGUGUCGUUCCAGUGACAGCUUCCGAAUUUACAGCAGUUAAUAUUCCUGCUUUUCAUGUCACACCCUUGAAGUUAAUGGUAUCACCAUCUUCUAUAGCUGCUGCACCUGUAGUAAACAGCUCGUGUCUUAAUUCAAGCCAUAGUAAUCCUGUCCAAAACCCAAGCUCUUCAAUUCUGAACUUUACACUACAACACUUAGGACUCAUACCUGCUGGUGUGCAAGUUUCUCCAAAUCCUGUGCUUCAGCCAGUGCCAAUCUCUCCAAAACCAGAGCAUGUUAGUCCUGUUUCAGAGAAUGUGAGCUUGCAACAAGGAAGAGUGUUUAAAAAUGAAUCCCAGAUAACUGAGUGUGACUUAAAUGGAAAAUCAGAUGCAGUAAUUCCUUUACAGCAGACUACUGUGCCAGUGAAACCCGAAGAGCCACAGGCAGUGACUGAAAACUUUUUCCGUACGCCUGGAGGGCCGAAUGCAAUUUCUAGUUUUGCUUCGUCUCCUGCAGAUUCAGACGGUGUGGAUGGAAUUUUACGAGGAAACUUGUUUGCCCCACAAAGAAAACUUGAAGUGUCAGAGGACCAACUUUGA